UAACUAGUUGUGUAUGAGAGACCUAAAAAAACGCGUGAGGGCUGACUUGGCUGACUGAGGUUUCAAAAAGAAAAAAAAAGCGAGAGACACAUAUUGACACACGAUUCUGACUUGGAGCAGAGCUUUGUUAACAAUCCGCAAUUUUAAAGCUGGAUACGCCGCAUUUUAUUGUUUUUCUGGAACUUUUUCUGCUUCCAUUGUCAGAUCAGGAUUGUCGCUUAUCCCUCUGACAGAUUCUGGCUGCUUCACUGCUCCCCGCCACCAAGUGCUGCCCCAGGCAUCUGAACAGAGUUCCAGUGGAGUAAAAGCCAACAGUUGUAGCUCCCUCAGCAAGAUGUUAACGAGGCCAAGUGUACUUCUGUUUCUGACUAUCUUCACCCAAGUGUUAAGGACCCAUUGCAAGCCUGCUAACACAGAAGAAGCAAUGGCCCCACAAUGGACUCAUCCAGAGGAAAUGGAGAAAAAGCUUCAUGCUGUCCCAGUCCGUAAGACUGUGAAGUUUCGAUGCCAGGCCAGCGGCAACCCAACUCCCAAUCUGAAAUGGUACAAGAACGGGAAGGAGUUUAAAAGAGACCAUCGUGCUGGAGGCUUUAAGCUCCGGAAACACAUGUGGACCAUCAUCAUGAAAUCUGUAGUACCCUCUGAUAGAGGAUACUACACCUGCUUGGUGGAAAACCAGUAUGGCAGCAUCAAUCAUACCUAUCAGCUGGAUGUAGUCGCAAUGGCCCCACAAUGGACUCAUCCAGAGAAAAUGGAGAAAAAGCUUCAAACUGUCCGAGUCAGCAGGACCGUGAGGUUUCGAUGCCAGGCCAGCGGCAACCCAACUCCCAAUCUGAAAUGGUACAAGAACGGGAAGGAGUUUAAAAGAGACCAUCGCGUUGGAGGCUUCAAGUUCCGGAAACACAUGUGGACCAUCGUCAUGAAAUCUGUAGUACCCUCUGAUAGCGGAAACUACACCUGCUUGGUGGAAAACCAGUAUGGCAGCAUCAAUCAUACCUAUCAGCUGGAUGUAGUCGCAAUGGCCCCAAAAUGGACUCAUCCAGAGAAAAUGGAGAAAAAGCUUCAAACAGUCCGAGUCAGCAGGACCGUGAGGUUUCGAUGCCAGGCCAGCGGAAACCCAACUCCCAAUCUGAAAUGGUACAAGAACGGGAAGGAGUUUAAAAGAGACCAUCGCGUUGGAGGCUUCAAGUUCCGGAAACACAUGUGGACCAUCGUCAUGAAAUCUGUAGUACCCUCUGAUAGCGGAAACUACACCUGCUUGGUGGAAAACCAGUAUGGCAGCAUCAAUCAUACCUAUGAGCUGGAUGUAGUCGAAUACUGUAACCACAGGCCGAUCCUGCAGGCUGGUUUGCCAGCCAAUCGUACUGCAGUGGUUGGCAGCGAUGUGGAGUUUGAGUGCAAAGUACUCAGCGACUCUCAGGCUCACAUUCAGUGGCUGAAACAUUUUGAGGUCAAUGGAAGCCACGUUGGUCCUGAUGGUUCACCCUAUGUCCGUGUCCUGAAGGGUAUGAGGAGGCGAGGACCUAGGCGGCAACAAUGCAGAGACAGCAAUGGGAUUAAACAGACUGCUGGCCUUAACACCACGGACAAGGAAAUGGAAGUCCUUCAACUGAGAAAUGUCUCUUUUGAUGACGCUGGGGAGUAUACGUGCUUGGUGGGCAAUUAUGUUGGGUACUCUCAUAACUCUGCAUGGUUGACAGUCUUGGAAGCUAGAAGUGGUUCCGUCUCUCUCUACAAUAUUUCAGCAACAGGUUUGCUUAAUUGACUUGCUGUGUGCAUGGUACAUCUCUGAGGUUAAUUGUUCCAGUUCCUCUUGAAUGUUUCUAGAACUAAAUCUAAACACUGGGGUGACUGGGCCUUCAGAAAUGUUAACCAGCUUCUGGAAGCAGAUGCUUCUGAGUCUCUGUUCAGGCACUGACCCAGACCUUUUUAAAUCCAAACUUAAGACCCUGCUAUUCUAGAAGGAUUUUAAUACUUAGCAGCACUGUGGUCUUUUACUUCAGAUUUCAAACUUUUAUUAAAUGUAUUACCUUUUUAAUUUGUUUAACUUUUUUGAAUUUUUGUUCUGAUUUUAUUGUAAAGCACUCUGGUUAGCUGCUGUAAAGGACUUUAUAAAUGAAUGAAGGAUAUUAAAAUGAAUUGUCACACCAGUGUUUGGGUCACUGGCUCAGAACUGAUGGAGUACAAAGCCAAAUGGAGAGGAACUGGUGGAGACUGGGUGGAACAAAAAGCUCAAGAUAGCAGCCUCCACCAUCAGGAGUUCAAACGAAGACAAGCAGCUGUGGAGAUCUGACAUCACUCUGAGGCAACAGAGUAAAACUGCGCUCAGACAUCGUAACAAAUAUGAUCAGACAACGCAAGCAAAAACCUGAAAAAGAGGUCAAAUUUAUUUAAACUGUCACACAUGUUCAUGAAAAAAUCUUUAAAAGUGAUCAACUGCUUAUGCUCAAUAACCACCAUGUUAUCGGAGCUCCAGCUGAUUGUUUUCUAUAAAUAUAGAAUAGGUGUUCCGAUGAGGAUCAUUGGUCAGAUACCUUGAAAGUCACUUUUAAGCAGGUAUUUAAUACUUUUAAUUAAACCCAUAUUACUUUUUUGUUGGUCUGAUAUAAUAUUGUAAUCUUUUUAAGCACAACAUUUUCAUAAUCAACAGAAAUAAAGGCUUGAAA